CAAGACGCGCAGUUAAUGAGCGGGACCCUAUAGCACUGACAGGGGGGAUUCAUCCUCACUCUGGAUAUAACUCACUUCAUAGACUAUAGGAACAACACAAACCCUCCAAUGUUGCCCCUUUUCUCCUCUCCCCUUCUCCAUUUGAAUUAGCCAGACACUUUUUGGGGGACAUGGCUUCAUCCGUUAGUGGCACAGAGGAGAUCCGGGUGUCGGUGCUGACGCCCCUGAAGUUGGUGGGACUCGUGUGCGUCUUCCUUGCGCUGUGCCUGGAUGCCGGGGCCAUCAUGAGCCCGGCGUGGGUCACAGCGAACGACCAGUACUACCUGUCCCUGUGGGAGUCCUGUUGGAAACCCGUCAGCUCCGUGGACUGGUCCUGCAGCAAGACGCUGACUACUGACUGGCAGAUCGCCACACUGGCCACACUGCUCGGGGGAGCCGCCCUCACCCUGCUCUCGCUCCUCACGGCUCUGAUCUCCCUGUGCGUUGGUUCAAGGGGUCGCUGCUACAAGCCUGUGGCCAUCAUGCUGUUCUCUGCAGUGGUCCUUCAGGUCUGCAGCUUGGUGUUGUUUCCAAUCAAGUUCAUAGAAACAGUCAGCCUGAGGGUGUACCAUGAGUUCAACUGGGGCUACGGGCUGGCCUGGGGAUCCACCAUCUUCUCCUUUGGUGCCGCCAUUCUCUACUGUCUGAACCCCAAGAACUAUGAAGAUUAUUAUUGAAAAUUGUCACACACACA